UCAGGUGUGUCAGGUGAGCGGUGAGCAGUUAUUUGACUAUCACUGCAGUAUGGAAAAUUAGCACCCCGAGACACUUUCUUAGGAGUUAUUCAAAGGAGAUUUUGAAGGAGAGCUGUUUCAUUUCAAUCUAAUGGAUCACCGGACUGUUUUGCUGGUGUUUCUCUGCUUUCUGCUCGUCACUGUGCACUCAGAAGUGCAGAAAGAUUUCUCACCCGAAUGCCGUGAGUUUAUGUAUAUGGGCACUCCCCCACGGGGUCUGGAGAACCGCUCACUUAAAAAGAUAUGCCAGCGUUAUAACGGCAAGCCUCGGUAUGUCACUCUGUAUGAUGCGGUGGGUCACAUCCCGGUGUAUUCUGCGUACACUUUCAAACGCUCCGACGGCUUCAAGAAGGUUGACGUUCCUUGGAUGUUCGAGCCUCAGCUCUCCACAGCAUCAGACUCUGGUGAGAUGCAGCCAUUUCCUCCCAGUGAUGUCCACGACAGUUUUUCAGACGCCCAGGCCGUCUUGGAAGACUACUCAAACAUUGUUGAUUUCGAACGAGGUCAUUUGAACCCCGACGAGCACCAGGCUCACCCCGAUGACAAGGCAGCCACGUACACCCUUACCAAUGUGGUCCCACAGAUCCGCGAGUUCAACGUGGGCCACUGGAAACAACACGAGCACAUCAUCCGGCGUCGCCUCAACAACUACUGCCGCGGCAAGGCGUACAUAGUCACGGGGGUCACCACAUCUGGUAGGAUGAUCCGUAGAUACAACAUCGAUCGAGUGGCCGUUCCUACCUACCUGUGGACGGCCUACUGCUGCAUCAAUUACGAUCACAAUGCCCCCUUUGAUGAGCGAUCCAAAUUCCCGGCCUUUGCAGCCUAUGGGCUUAACGAGAAAGAAGGAGCGGAGGUCAUAGAGAUGUCUAUGCAGCAACUGGAAUAUUUUUUGAAGAAGAACACCUUUGUGGACAAGAGGUUUCAGAUUUUCUUUGGGAACUGUGAGCCUAAUGAUGCCAUAAUGGCAGUCCAGACUUAG